CCUGCUCAAAUUUCUCAUCGCAGAGCGAAACCACCUCACACUCGAGCAACCCAAAAGCAUCCUCAGCAACAAGAACCUCCUAGCCGGCCAAGAAACAGAGCUUCCGUUGGACAGCAAGAUGUGUCCGAUCAAGAGGGAGAUGAGCGGGGAGUCGGGCUCGCCGUCGCCGUGCAGCGGGGAGAACUUCUGCUCGCCCUCGGCGUCGCCGGAGCGCCAGCAGGCGAGGCAGGCGGGGUGGACGUCGGCGCCGGCGAAGCGGCCGGCGGGGCGGACCAAGUUCAGGGAGACGCGGCACCCGGUGUACCGCGGCGUGCGGCGCAGGGGCAAUGCCGGGCGGUGGGUGUGCGAGGUGCGCGUGCCCGGCAGGCGCGGGAGCAGGCUCUGGCUCGGCACCUUCGACACCGCCGAGGCCGCCGCGCGCGCCAACGACGCCGUCAUGCUCAUGCUCGCCGCCGGAGGCGCCGCCUGCCUCAACUUCGCCGACUCGGCCGAGCUGCUCUCCGUGCCGGUGGCCUCCUCCUACCGCAGCCUGGACGAGGUCCGCCACGCCGUCGUGGAGGCCGUGGAGGACUUGCUGCGGCGCGAGGCGCUCGCCGAGGAGGACGCGCUCUCGGGCACCUCCUCGUCCGCGCCCUCCCCCCUCACCGACGACGAGUCGUCCUCUUCGCCGCUGCCCGAGGAGGACUCGCCGUUCGAGCAGGACGUGCUGAGCGAGAUGGGCUGGGACCUGUACUACGCGAGCCUGGCGCAGGCGAUGCUCAUGGCGCCGCCCGCCGCGGCUGCGGCGCUCGGCGAUUACGGGGAGGCUCACCUCGCCGACGUGCCACUCUGGAGCUACCAGAGCUAGCCGGCUAGUUCGCGCUGCUUCGAGUUUUAGCUUUCCUUUCUGUCGUCGUCUUGGCUUCCGAUCGAUGCCAAAAUUUUGGUGCUGCUGUAGGGUCACUGCUUGCGGUUUCUGGUAAUGUGAUGGUGCGAAUUGGGGAAACA